CAACAAGACCUCGCGAGAAGCGCCGCGAUCACAGCAACGAGACAACCAAAAUAAAGUGAGCACAACAAACCCGUAGCGCAUGAUGGCGGCGUCGCUGCUGCGCCGGGACAAGAAAUCCACCGCCGCGCAUCUGAAGGCAGACCUGAGGAGGAGCGACAACAGCUCGGGGCUGCGGCAGCUGCAGGAGCUGCUGGAUAGCGUGCUGCACCCGGAGCGGGGCUCGGACCCGGAGGCGCUGGACUGGUGUAAAUGGCUGCUGGCUGGAGGCGACGGCUUCGACGAGUUCUGCCGGGCCGUCCGCUCCUACGAUAACGCCACCCUCUGCGGGCUGGUGUGGACCGCCAACUUCGUGGCGUACCGCUGCCGGACCUGCGGCAUCUCGCCCUGCAUGUCGUUAUGCGCGGAGUGCUUCAAUAACGGCGACCACACGGGCCACGACUUUAACAUGUUCCGGAGCCAGGCCGGCGGGGCCUGUGACUGCGGGGACGGGAACGUGAUGAGAGCGAGCGGGUUUUGCAGUAGGCAUCGGUUAAAAACGGGAGAGAAUGUGCCAUCAGUCCCUCGGGAUCUGCUGCUCAUGUCUGAGAUGGUGCUGCCGCGGUUUAUCAUCACUAUCAUUCAGUACCUGAGAGACGGCUACACUGAGCCAGAGUCGGCCGCUGACAGAGAUCUGCAGAAGGUUCUGCAGCAGUUAGACCUGCACAUAUCCUUCUUAGAAGAGCUCACCAAGAUGGGCGGGGCCAUGCGCACUGUUCUCACCAAGAUCUUAACCAAUCAGCAGACCUUUAAAGAACUGAGCAUGGGUCAAGAGGAGAAUGUUUAUGCGAAGAGGAACUAUGAGAAGUAUUUGUCAGCAUUGAAGAGUUCAGGUCUGGUGUCAGUGGAGGAGAAAGGAGCAGGAGCUGGGGCAGGAGCGCUCAGUCUACUGGGAGCUACUGCCGCUGCCAGUCUGGAGGACUCUAGCAAAGAGGAGGAUCAGGAUGGGCUGCAGGGUGUGGGCCAGAGGAAAAGAGUGAAGCUCAGUAGCACUACCAAAGAUCCAUCCAUAAUGGACACCCUGAAACACAAAUGUUUUUUAGAAGAGUUAUUGUUUUGGACUAUUAAGUAUGAAUUUCCACAGAAGAUGGUCACUUUUUUGCUCAACAUGUUGCCAGAUCAGGAUUACAAGAUCACUUUCACUAAAACAUUUGUACAACACUACGCCUUCAUCAUGAAGACCCUCAUGAAGAGUCACGAGUCGGACACCAUGUCCAACCGCAUCGUUCACAUCAGCGUGCAGCUCUUCAGUAACGAGGAGCUGGCGAGACACGUCACAGAGGAGUGCCAGUUACUGGACAUCAUGGUCACUGUGCUCCUCUACAUGAUGGAGAGCUGCCUUAUCAAGAGCGAACUGCAAGAUGAGGAGAAUAAUCGUCACGUGGUGGUGAACUGUGGUGAAGCUCUACUGAAGAAUAACACCUACUGGCCUUUAGUUAGUGAUUUUAUUAAUAUCCUCUCGCACCAAAGUGUGGCCAAGCGCUUCCUGGAGGAUCAUUCUCUGCUGCUGCUCUGGAUGAGUUUCGUCUCCUUCUUCCAAGGGAUGAAUCUGAAUAAGAGAGAGCUGAAUGAGCACGUGGAGUUUGAGUCUCAGACGUAUUAUGCAGCGUUUGCAGCUGAGCUGGAGGCCUGUGCUCAGCCCAUGUGGGGUCUCCUAACACACUGCAAAGUCAAAGAGACCCAAGAGUACACUAAGACAGUGGUGCGGUACUGUCUGGAAACUCUUCAGAUGUGGUUUGAUGCCAUUGGGUUUGUAGAUGAGCCUGCCCUCAACCAGCUGACCUUUCAUUUACCUCUCCAUAGAUACUAUGCCAUGUUCCUCAGCAAGGGAGUGAAGUGUCAAGGUCUGGAUUUGGACAGUUUGCUUCCUGAUCAGGAGAUGCUUAUGAAGAUCAUGGUUCACCCUCUUCAGAUACAGGCUAGCCUUUCUGAGAUCCAUAGUAACAUGUGGGUGAGAAAUGGGCUGCAGAUUAAAGGCCAGGCCAUGACUUAUGUCCAGUCUCACUUCUGUAACUCCAUGAUUGACCCGGACAUCUACCUCCUGCAGGUGUGUGCAUCUAGACUGGAUCCAGAUUACUUCAUUUCCUCCGUGUUUGAGAGGUUCAAGGUGGUGGAUUUGCUGACGAUGGCAUCUCAGCAUCAGAACGCAGUGCUGGACUCGGAGCAGGAGAGACCCAUGCUGGAGGGGGCGCUGACCUUCCUGGUCAUCCUGUGCAGUCUCAGAAUACACUUAGGAAUGUCAGAUGAUGAGAUUUUGAGAGCGGAGAUGGUGUCACAGUUGUGUAUGAAUGAUCGUACCCACAGUUCCCUGCUAGAUCUUAUCCCGGAGAAUCCGAACCCUAAGAGCGGUGUGGUGCCAGGCAGCUGUAGUUUUGAGGAGAUGCUGUCUGCUGUAGCUGAUUUCAAAGCCCCGGUGUUUGAGCCUGGAGGAUCCAUGCAGCAGGGCAUGUACACGCCUAAAGCGGAAGUCUGGGAGAACGAGUUUGACCCUAUAAUGGUGAUUCUACGCACCGUGUACCGCAGAGACGUGCAGUCGGCCAUGGAUCGAUACGCAGCAUUUUUGAAACAGUCAGGUGUUCAUACGGGGAACCCCUGGCCGCCCUAUAAGGAGAGGACCCCUCUGCACCCCUGCUAUAGAGGACUGGUGCGCCUUCUGCACUGCAAAACCCUACAUAUCGUCAUCUUCACUCUGCUUUACAAGAUCUGGAUGGAUCAUCAGAACAUGUCUGAACAUGUGUUGUGUAUGGUGCUCUACCUGAUAGAACUUGGACUUGAUAAUCCGGUUCAGGAUGAUAAAGUGGAAGAAGAGCCCUGUAUUGAGGAGCACUGCCAUGACAGCUGGUUCCCGGGCACCAGCCUGCUGUCUAACCUCCAUCACGUCAUCAACUUUGUGCGGGUUCGAGUGCCAGAGACGGCACCUGAGGUGGAGAGGAAGAGAGAGAGGGAGAGAGAACGAGAAGCUCCAGCCAGCACCAGCUCUGAGAGCAGCACCUUCGGACAGAGUUCCAGAAGGCUGACAGGAAAUUGGAGAGAGGUAGAAGGAUUUGGGAAUGAUUUUAAAGUGGUUUUGAAACAGUCAGGUGUUCAUACGGGGAACCCCUGGCCGCCCUAUAAGGAGAGGACCCCUCUGCACCCCUGCUAUAGAGGACUGGUGCGCCUUCUGCACUGCAAAACCCUACAUAUCGUCAUCUUCACUCUGCUUUACAAGAUCUGGAUGGAUCAUCAGAACAUGUCUGAACAUGUGUUGUGUAUGGUGCUCUACCUGAUAGAACUUGGACUUGAUAAUCCGGUUCAGGAUGAUAAAGUGGAAGAAGAGCCCUGUAUUGAGGAGCACUGCCAUGACAGCUGGUUCCCGGGCACCAGCCUGCUGUCUAACCUCCAUCACGUCAUCAACUUUGUGCGGGUUCGAGUGCCAGAGACGGCACCUGAGGUGGAGAGGAAGAGAGAGAGGGAGAGAGAACGAGAAGCUCCAGCCAGCACCAGCUCUGAGAGCAGCACCUUCGGACAGAUCUGGAUGGAUCAUCAGAACAUGUCUGAACAUGUGUUGUGUAUGGUGCUCUACCUGAUAGAACUUGGACUUGAUAAUCCGGUUCAGGAUGAUAAAGUGGAAGAAGAGCCCUGUAUUGAGGAGCACUGCCAUGACAGCUGGUUCCCGGGCACCAGCCUGCUGUCUAACCUCCAUCACGUCAUCAACUUUGUGCGGGUUCGAGUGCCAGAGACGGCACCUGAGGUGGAGAGGAAGAGAGAGAGGGAGAGAGAACGAGAAGCUCCAGCCAGCACCAGCUCUGAGAGCAGCACCUUCGGACAGAGUUCCAGAAGGCUGACAGGAAAUUGGAGAGAGGUAGAAGGAUUUGGGAAUGAUUUUAAAGUGGUUUUGAAACAGUCAGGUGUUCAUACGGGGAACCCCUGGCCGCCCUAUAAGGAGAGGACCCCUCUGCACCCCUGCUAUAGAGGACUGGUGCGCCUUCUGCACUGCAAAACCCUACAUAUCGUCAUCUUUACUCUGCUUUACAAGAUCUGGAUGGAUCAUCAGAACAUGUCUGAACAUGUGUUGUGUAUGGUGCUCUACCUGAUAGAACUUGGACUUGAUAAUCCGGUUCAGGAUGAUAAAGUGGAAGAAGAGCCCUGUAUUGAGGAGCACUGCCAUGACAGCUGGUUCCCGGGCACCAGCCUGCUGUCUAACCUCCAUCACGUCAUCAACUUUGUGCGGGUUCGAGUGCCAGAGACGGCACCUGAGGUGGAGAGGAAGAGAGAGAGGGAGAGAGAACGAGAAGCUCCAGCCAGCACCAGCUCUGAGAGCAGCACCCUCGGACAGAACCUACGCGAGGCUCAGGUCUUCAGUCUAGUGGCAGAGCGCAGAAGGAAGUUCCAGGAGAUCAUAAACCGCAGUAACCACGAGGCCAGUCAGGCGGUGCGGCCCAAGUCCUCAUCCUCUCGCUGGCUGCCGCCCGGCUCGCCUCCGCAGCUGGUGACUGAGAUCCUGGAGAUCCGUGAGAGCAUGCUGUCUCUGCUGGUCAAGCUGCACCAGAAACUGUCUGCCAAGCAGGACUCUCUGUCUCUGAGCUGGUUGGCCGAGGUGGAUCCGGCCCAUCAUGCGCACGGAGAUGGGUUAACAGCUAUCGAGAGGAUCCUGGCCAAAGCUGCCACCCGUAGCCGGCACAGCAAGAGGUGCCUACAGGAAAUCUGCGGGAAAGUGUGUUCACCCAUACCGCUCAAGAAGAACAGUCCUGGAGAUAAGAAGAGUAUGGACAAGGACGAGAGGCGUCAAAGGGCCAGAGAGAGACAGCAGAAGCUGCUGGCAGAGUUUGCCUCCAGGCAGAAGAGCUUCAUGGAGACUGCCAUGGAUGUUGAGUCACCUGAAACCGAUGCAGUGAUGGACAUGGGCUCGGCAGAACCUCUGGACUCAGAGGUUCUGUAUGACUGUGUCAUCUGUGGCCAGAGCGGCCCGUCUACUGAAGACAGACCCACAGGACUGGUGGUACUGCUGCAGGCUUCAUCAGUGUUGGGGCACCGUUGUCGUAGUGACACACCAAAGCGAUUGCCUACUACGGAUGAGGAACAUAUCUACCCCGAGGACACGUGCGGAGCGACCCAUGAUGUUAGGCUGUCCCUUAUGCAACGCUACUUUAAAGAUAGUUCCUGUUUGCAGUCUGUGUCUGUUGGCUGGGACGGGGGUGUGUAUGUGCAGACGUGCGGCCACACCCUACAUAUAGACUGUCACAAGUCCUACAUGGAGUCCUUACGGAAUGAUCAGGUCCUUCAGGGGUUCUCUGUGGAUAAAGGCGAGUUCACCUGUCCGCUGUGUCGUCAGUUCGCCAACAGUGUUUUGCCCUGUCGUCCUGGGCGUGGGAUGGAGACGGGCACCUGGCACACGCCCAGUAACAAGAGCAUGUCCACACUGGUGAAGGAAGUGGAAGACCUUCAGGAACAGCUGGGCAUUUUCCCAAUGGAGUCCAAUCUGAGUAAAGAGAUGGAAUCUGUUAUAAAGGACAUUAAAAGCACCACACAGAAAAAAUACAUGGAUUAUGGGAAGAACCCAGGGUCACCUGACAAUGACUUCCUGUUCAUGUACUCCGUGGCCAGGAAAAAUCUGGAGUUAGAGUUGGUUCAUCGUGGGGGGAAUCUAUGCAGUGGGGGGGCCAGUGCUGCUGCCAAACGCUCCUGUCUCAAUCAGCUGUUUCAUGUGCUGGCCAUGCACAUGCGUCUCUACAGCAUAGAUUCAGCAUACAACCCCUGGACCAGACUCACACAGAGCACGCACAGCAGAGACAAUGAGUGCUGUGAUGAUGAACGUCCUGAGGUGCCCAUGCUCUUCAGAGACGUCCCAUCCCUCCUCAUCAUCUUCAUCCUUACCAUGCCUCAGCCUUUAGGCAAAGAGCACUUCACGUGUGUGGUGAAGGUGUUGUACAGUCUGCGGUACACACAGGCUCUGGCCGCUCUGUCCAUCAGAUUCAGCCGUGAGGAGAGACUCGCCUGGAGCAACACUGGAGCUGCCAAGAAGAACACGCCAAACUCUGACAAAUCAUGGGAGUCGCUCCUGGGUCACAUGAUCUCUGAGCUGACGAAGGCCAAAGAUGUGUAUGACACCAACUCUGAGGAAACACUUGUGGUGAAUCCAUGUGUGUGGUCUCCUCAGUCCAUUGAGUUCAGCCUACAGCAGUUCUGUCUGCCCUUCCUGAGACUGUCCUGUUUACUGCAGCACCACCUUUAUGGAGACGGCUUACCCGGCUGCCUGGUGGAGGAGGAGUUCUCUCUGCUGGCCGGGUGUCUGGGUUUGUCUGGUUCUGUUCAGUGCAGUGGAGCCUCGAGCAGUGCAGCGUGUCUGGAGUGGAACCUCAAUGCUUUCGAUCUGAUCAGUCAGUGGUGUUCAGAAGUCAUCGCUCUGUCCGAUACUCCCACCCAGCAGUCUGUGUCUCUAUUAGGUCAGGAUCCGCAGUGGGCCGCCCCUCGCCUCCUGCACCUGCCAGACAAUUACAACACCAUCUUCCAGUACUACCACAGGAAAUCCUGCACCAGCUGCGGCAAGACCCCCAAAGACCCUGCGCUGUGCUUGGUGUGCGGCGCGUUCGUCUGUCUGAAGGGUCACUGCUGUAAACAGCAGGGCGUCUGUGAGUGUGUGCUGCACUCUCAGCACUGCGGAGCAGCGACCGGUAUCUUCCUCCUGAUUAACGCCUCGGUCAUCAUUAUCAUCCGAGGCCAUCGCUUCUGUCUGUGGGGGUCUGUGUAUCUGGACGCUCAUGGAGAGGAGGACAGAGACCUACGUCGAGGAAAGCCUCUGUAUUUAUGUGAGGAGCGAUACCGCGUUCUGGAGCAGCAGUGGGUCUCGCACACCUUCGACCAUAUCAACAAGCGCUGGGGUCCCCAUUACAAUGGACUUUAACAGUACAGCCCAUAACCUGGAGAGGACAGGUCACAUGAUGCCAGUGCCAGCCUCUGGGACAUCCUCUGAUGAUUUCUAUCGUGUAAUAUAAAGAAAACCUGCAUUGAGUUGGCCACAGCCUGGGUUCAUGUGAAGUUUAGUGUACAAUCAAGCCUAUUGACUAACAGCGUGUGUGUGUGUGUGUGUGUGUGUGUGUGUGUGUGUGUGAGAGUGUGUUCAAAAGUGAUUUUUCGUGUGGAUUUAUAGGGGGAGAAUUUUGUUUUGUCCCAGCAAGCUCAAAGUGAAAGCACACUGAGUGAAUCUGUGUCUAGUCUGUUGGACGCACAAGUGGAAUAAUACUCCCGUUCUGUAAUGUUUGGAAAACUGAAAUAGUUUUUGAGGAGAGAGAUUCUUGAGGAAAAAAAACAAAACAAAAAAUUUGACCAAUGUCAAACAAAUCAUGUAUAGAUAUCAGAAUUAAUAUCAAAACCUUGAAUGCUAAAAGGUACCAAGACUCUCAACAUAUCCACCCACCACCCCAUGACCACAUCAUGCUAUUUGAGCUGAAACGCAUCUCAUAAGACUGACUGUGGGGUCUAAAGCAGGGUAUGAGACGAAAUAUCAACCGAUUAGAGCUAAAGUGAGAUUUCUCUCUGACUCGAGGUGUAGUUGCUGUCAUCCUCAGGAAUUUUAUUUUAUAAUUUCUUUUUUUGUUUUGCUUGUAGUCUCAGAUAAAAUAUUUUAAUAUUUAAGAAGUGCUGCUAUUCAUUGUUUGAAUAAAGUAAAUUAUACCUUUG